AAAUUUUAUUAUUUAUAUAAAUAAUUAUAAAGUGUAAAAUUGUUAAAAAAUCAUUAUUCAUGCGAUAACAUAUUUUUAAAAUAAAAAAUAUUAAACUAUAAUAUAUCUUGUACAUAAAAGAGAUUUACUCUAUUUUUGUUAAUAAAUAAACUUAUUUUCCUUUUUUAUUAAAAAAAUUAAAAAAUUAUUUUAACUUAUUAAACAAGUAACAAUUAUGCUAAAAAAAAAAAAAUUAAAAGAAGAUUCCUGUAAGAUAUAUAAGAGUUGAAACUUAAUUAGUAACUUCCAGUUGAAACCAAAACAGCGAAUGACCUCAAAAUGGAAGAAAGAGGUCAGGAGAAGAAGAUUUGGUAUAAUAUAAUUUUCUCCUUUCUCUCUGUCUAAUCAAUGGCAUGUGGUUACCUGCUCACACUAAUACCUUCUCCCCUUCCUAAUCUCUUCACCACUAUAUAUAUAUAUAUAUAUAUAACAAAAGACCUUCAUUCCCUCUCUCUUAUCGUUUUCCUACCAAACCAUUCUUAUUUUCCACUACAGUUCUUUGCAUUUUCAUUCCCCACACAACCAUUUAAAACCCAAUAAAAUUUAUUUAUUGUUUCCUACUCUUUCUUUUCUUUUGUAUUGGAAACGUUUUCUUGAUUCCUGCAAUCAUAUGCAUGCAAUUAUUCAUUAAGAAAAAUAAAUUCCAUGAGUGGAGUCUUUUUCAGAGCUCUCUUCUUCAACCUCUUCUUGUUCUUGGCGUGGUAGACUGGUUCCUCCUCAGCUCUCUCCAAAAAUGGGACUGGAGCAGCAUUCUGUGAUGGAGGAUAGGGAGGCCUCGCUGGCCGGUUUGACGACUGAAUGGUUGAGAUUUGUUGACAUUGAGUGGAAUGAUGCGGAAAGGCGUUUCGACCGGCUAGCUUCCGCCGGAAAAGGCCCUGAAGCGGUGGUGAAAUGGUCUGAAUUUGGUUGUUGUUUAGGCAUCGAACAAUCGCCAGAAUUUGCCAAAGAGAUUCUAAUGGCACUAAGAGGAAGAAGAAGAGAUUGCAGGAGUGAUAUCACAAAAAGAGAACUCCAGAUUUACUGGCAACGAUUGACUGACCCUUGCUUCGAUUCAAGAGUGAAAAUAUAUUUUGACAUGUGCGACAGAGACAUGGAUGGAAAGAUUAAUGAGAUUGACAUUAAGCAGACUAUUCUGCAAAGUUGUUCAACAAAUAAAGUGUCUCUAACCCACGAGCAAGCACAGGAAUAUGCUGCCUUAGCCAUUGAAGCUCUUGACACUCAACACUCGGGCUUCAUUCAGCCAGACCAACUAAUAACUCUCUUCAGACAAAGCAUACCAACAGGCUCAUUAGCAAUGGCGUAUAAGAACAAAAACAAUCUAAAUAACCAAGAACAACCAACUACGUCGAAAACUGCAGCAGAAAUAAUGUUCCGAACACAUUGGAGACAAGGAUGGAUAACGUUGUUCUGGUUGGUAGUUUGCUUUUCACUUUUCAUGUGGAAGUUCAUUCAAUACAGACACAGAACAGCAUUUCAAGUAAUGGGUUAUUGCCUUUGCACCGCCAAAGGAGCAGCUGAAACCUUAAAAUUCAACAUGGCUUUGAUCCUUCUACCUGUUUGUCGGAAUACUAUUACAUGGCUUCGGAGGAAGUCAGGUUUCAGUUCUUUUGUACCGUUCAAUGAUAACAUCAACUUCCACAAGCUAAUUGCAGGAGGCAUAGUGGUGGGUGUGAUAGUCCAUGGGGGAACUCACCUUGCUUGUGAUUUCCCAAGAAUUAGUGGGUCGGACCGAUCAAUUUUUCGGCAAACGAUAGCCGGCCGAUUUGGGUAUCAUCAGCCAUCAUAUAUCCAAAUAUUAGCAACGACAGAAGCUGCAACUGGAAUUGCCAUGGUAAUACUAAUGGCAAUUGCAUUUUUGCUUGCAACAAAAUGGCCUCGUCGGCAAUCAGCUUCUCUGCCUAAAUCCAUUAGAAAUGUGACUGGAUAUAAUACUUUCUGGUACUCACACCACUUGCUCAUUCUUGUCUAUGUGUUGCUCAUUAUUCACUCCAUGUUCCUCUUCCUUACUGACAAUGUCACUGAGAAAACGACCUGGAUGUACAUUGCCUUGCCAGUUAUGUUAUAUGCCGGAGAACGUGUUGCUCGAGCUGUAAGAUCAGGAUUUUAUGAUGCAAAAAUUCUGAAGGCUAGUAUUUAUCCAGGAAAGGUUUUAUCUCUGAAGUUGCACAAACCACAAGGUUUCAAGCACAAGAGUGGGAUGUAUGUCUUCCUACAGUGCCCUCAGAUUUCUCCAUUUCAAUGGCACCCAUUUUCAUUAACUUCAGGGCCAGAGGAUGAUCACUUAAGUGUGCAUAUUAGAACUCUUGGAGAUUGGAGUUACAAAAUAUACUAUCUUUUUCAAGAGGCAGCACUAUCAGGGGGCAAGGAAUAUCCAAAAAUAUACAUUGAUGGACCCUAUGGUGCUUCUUCCCAAGAUCAUGUCAAGUAUGAUAUAGUCAUGCUAAUUGGGCUUGGCAUUGGAGCCACACCUUUCAUUAGCAUUCUUAAAGACAUCGCAAAUGAUCUCCAAAUGGCCAAUUGUGAGGAAUGCAACAUUUCAAGAGGUCCUUUAAAAGCUUACUUUUAUUGGGUUACAAGAGAACAAAGCUCUUUCGACUGGUUCAGGGAUGUCCUGUGGGAAACAUCCAAAAUUAACCAAAAGAAGUCUGUCGUAGAGAUGCAAUACUUCUUAACCAAUGUUUAUCAAGAAGGGGAUGCAAGAUCUGCUAUAAUAAGUGCCAUACAAGCACUGCAUCUUGCUAAGAAAGGCAUUGACAUCAUAUCUUGGAGUCAGGUACGCACGCAAUUUGGCCGUCCGAAUUGGUUCAGCAUUUUCUCAAAAAUGUCAAGUAAACACAGAGGAGAACGAAUAGUUUUUUGACACAGGGGUCUUCUACUGCGGUCCAUCAGCACUGGGAAAUGAACUGGAGAGAUUGUGCACCAAAUUCUCAACCAAAACAGAAACUAGAUUUGUAUUUCACAAGGAGAACUACUAGUGAUGUCCUGUUGUAUAGAUUCCCAAAUGGGGAAUCUAUAGAGCAAUUGCCUAAUAUAGUAACAGAAUAACCGAUAGAGAUUCAUAUUUGGACGCUAAGACUCUUGAGAUGAUAUAUGUUUUUUUCUUUCCCUUUUCAACGGAAAAAAGAUAGAUGUAAUUGAUAAAUCAAAAGUCAUACAACCAUAAUUCUCCUGAGCCAGCUAGACGGGCUGACAAGAGAAUGAGUUGGGGCUUUCUUUUGGCUACAUCGUGAGCCACCCAGUUAACAUUACGUGGGUACAAAACUAAACAAACCGCUAGCAAAGUUCUCGCUAAGAUUGGUGAUGUCUUCCAUUUUAACUGCAAUUUCCUGUGGAGGAGAGGUUACACCAUUGACCUGUUCUUCUGUACCACUAGUCGGUUGUCUUCUAUUACGUCUCGGUCGGUGCCAUAGGAGUAUUAUCUAUUCUCAUCUAUAAAUUUUUAUAUAAACAAUCUA